GUGCGAACGGCCAAUGGGAGCGGGCGUCUCAUGGGCCCAAUGGGAGGCGGCCUCACGGCUGAGCCGAGGAAGCUGGAGCGGCGGCUGGGAUCGGGCCGCCUGGGCGGAGAGCGCGAGCGCGACCCCGGAGCGGGGGCCUCGGCGAGAUGUCUCUGUGCCAGUGUGCGGGGAAGCACAGCGACUCGGACAUGGAGGGCUGCUGCUUCUCGGCGGGUGGGGGCCUGAAGGUGUACCUGCACUGGAGCGGCGAGGAGGAGGAGCGGUGCCAGACCUACACGCAGGGGGUGCUGAGCGCAGAGGAGAUCUGCAUCGCCAUUGCCCAGAAAAUCGGGAUCACGCCGCUCUGCUACAGCCUCUUCGCGCUCUGUGAUGUGCAGACCAGAGUCUGGCUCCCUCCCAACCAUGUGUUCGAAAUCAGCAAAGACACCAACCUGAAUCUGCUCUUCCGCAUGAGGUACUACUUCCGCAACUGGCAUGGCAUGAGCAACAGAGAGCCGGCCGUCUACCGCAACGUUCCCCGGCAGAGCGACGCCCUGGAGGACAAGCUGCAGGGCGGGGCGCUUCUGGACAAGUCGUCCUUCGAGUAUCUCUUUGAGCAGGGGAAAUACGAGUUCAUUAAUGACGUUGUGUCUCUGAAAGACCUUCAGAGCGAGCAGGAGAUCCACCGGUUUAAGAACGAGAGCUUAGGCAUGGCUGUCCUUCACCUCUCUCACAUGGCUCUCAAACGAGGCGUCUCUCUCGAAGAAGUGGCCAAAAAAACCAGCUUCAAGGGCUGCAUCCCGCGCUCCUUCUGCCGGCAGAUCCAGCAGAACAACUACCUGACCAAGUUCCGCAUGAGGAACGUCUUCAGGAAGUUCGUGCAGCGCUUCCAGCGGCACACGGUCAGUGCGGGGAAGCUGACGGAGCAGGACGUCAUGUACAAGUACCUGGCCACCUUGGAGAACCUGGCCCCCCGCUUCGGGAGCGAGCUCUUCCCGGUCCUUUCCUUGGAGACGGCCUCCGAGGGCGAGAAGGUGCUGCUCUAUGUCAACGGAGGGCACGCGCAGCUGGAGGACGGCUGUGCCUCGUCUCCCAGGGACAGGCCCGCCACCCAUGAAGUCCUGGUCACCGGCACGGACGGGAUUCAGUGGCGGACUGUCCCUGUUGAGAGUGCAGAAAGCCUCCCCCACCGGGGCUAUUUUGGGAGGAAGACCAGGGCCAAAGAGCUGGACCCCAAAGGGCCGUGUCAGCCAGUGGAGAGGAGCGAGGCCAAGUGGGUGCGCUUCUGUGACUUCCAGGAGAUCACACACAUUGCCCUCGAGGGCUGCAAAGUCAGCCUCCACCGCCAAGACAACAAGUGCCUGGAGCUGGUUCUCCCGUCAUACGAAACGGCCCUGUCCCUGGUGUCGCUGGUGGACGGCUACUUCAGGCUCACGGCCGACUCCAGCCACUACCUGUGCCACGAGGUAGCCCCGCCACGGCUGGUGAUGAGCGUCCUGAACGGCAUCCAUGGGCCAAUGCAGGAGGAGUUCGUCUUCGCCAAGCUGAAGCGGGAGGAGCAGGAUGGGCUGUACAUCAUCCGCUGGAGCAUCCUCGACUUCAACAGGCUGAUCCUGUCGGUGGUGAAGAGGGACCGAGGGCAGGCCACCCCCAAAUACAGGCAGUUCCGGAUCCAGAAGAGAGGCGACUCCUUCGUGCUGGAGGGCUGGGAGCGGGAGUUCUCCACCGUACGGGAGCUGAUGGACGUUCUCAAAGGCUGCACACUCAAGUCGGGGGACGAGAGCUUCGCGGUGAGGAGGUGCUGCCCGCCGAAGCCGGGAGAGAUUUCAGACCUGAUCAUCGCCCGGAGGGUGAAGGACAGCACCAGGCAGAUCCUGAACCUGACCCAGCUCAGCUUCCACCAGAUCCGGAAAAAUGAGAUCACCCAGAGAGCUCACCUCGGCCAGGGCACUCGCACCAACAUCUACGAGGGCGUGCUGCAUGUCUGCGGGGGUGCUGGCGGGGACGACGAGGCCGAGUACUUCUCCACCGAGCAGAACAACAACAGUCGGGAGAUGCACGUGGUACUCAAGGUGCUGGACCCCAGCCACAGGGACAUCGCCCUGGCGUUCUUCGAGACGGCCAGCCUCAUGAGCCAGGUCUCGCACAUCCACCUGGCUUUCGUGCACGGCGUCUGCGUGCGAGGCUCCGAGAAUAUCAUGGUGGAGGAGUACAUCGAGCACGGCCCCCUGGAUGUCUUGCUGCGGAAGGAGAAAGGCCGGGUGACCGUCGGCUGGAAGAUCACGGUCGCGAAGCAGCUCGCCAGCGCCCUGAGCUACUUGGAGGACAAAAACCUGGUGCAUGGCAACGUGUGCGCUAAGAACAUCCUGCUGGCCAGGAAGGGGUUGGAGGAUGGGUUGCUGCCUUUCGUGAAGCUCAGCGACCCUGGGGUCAGCUUCACGGUGCUCUCCCGAGAAGAGCGAGUGGACCGGAUCCCCUGGAUCGCCCCUGAGUGCGUCCAGGAUGUCGGCAGCCUCAGCACCGCAGCCGACAAAUGGAGCUUUGGCACCACCCUGCUGGAGAUCUGCUUUGAUGCGGACGUCCCGCUGAAGGAGCGCACCCCCUCUGAGAAAGAGCGCUUCUAUGAGAAGAAGCACCGCCUGCCCGAGCCGUCCUGCAAGGAGCUGGGUGCCCUGAUCAGCCAGUGCCUGACCUACGCCCCCAGCGAGCGGCCCUCUUUCCGGACCAUCCUGCGGGACCUCACCCAGCUGCAGCCGCACAACCUCGUCGAUGUCACCUCCGUGAGCCCCGACUUCCCCGUGUCGGACCCCACGGUCUUUCAGAAACGCUACCUGAAGAAGAUCCGAGAACUGGGGGAGGGUCACUUCGGCAAAGUGAGCCUGUACUGCUAUGACCCCACCAACGACGGCACCGGGGAGAUGGUGGCCGUGAAGUCGCUGAAGUCCGGCUGCAGCCAGCAGCUUCUCACCAGCUGGAAGAGGGAGAUCGAGAUCCUCAAGACGCUCUACCACGAGAACAUUGUCAAGUACAAGGGCUGCUGCAGCGAGCAAGGGGAGAAGAUCGUGCAGCUCAUCAUGGAGUACGUGCCCCUGGGCAGCCUGCGGGAUUACCUGCCCAAGCACAACGUCAGCCUGGCCCACAUCCUCCUCUUUGCCCAGCAAAUCUGCGAGGGCAUGGCUUACCUGCACUCCCUGCACUACAUCCACAGGGACCUGGCUGCUAGGAAUGUGCUGCUGGAGAACGAGAAUGUGGUGAAGAUCGGUGAUUUCGGACUGGCCAAAGCCAUCCCCGAAGGGCACGAAUAUUACCGUGUCUGCGAGGACGGAGACAGCCCUGUCUUCUGGUACGCUAUGGAGUGCCUGAAGGAGUGCAAGUUCUACUACGCCUCCGACGUCUGGUCCUUCGGCGUCACUCUCUACGAGCUCCUGACACGCUGUGACUCCAGCCAGAGCCCUCCUGUGAAAUUCAUCGAGAUGAUUGGCGCGACUCAGGGUCAGAUGACAGUGCUGAGGCUGAUUGAGCUGCUGGACAGGGGGAAGAGGCUCCCGAGCCCGAAGGACUGUCCUUGUGAGAUCUACUGCUUAAUGAAAAACUGCUGGGAAUCCGAAGCUUCCUUCCGCCCAGCCUUCAAGAACCUCGUCCCCAUCCUGAAGAACUUCCACGAGAAAUACAAGGCUCAGGCCCCCUCAGUCUUCAGCGUGUGUUGAGUGGGAUGCUUGGGAACUUGCUUGGGGAAGGACCACGGCUGCCUUCAGCUGGAAACUCUCUGGUGGAGAGGCCACUUGGAAGUGCUGGGGAGGGUUGAGACUUCACCACUUGCUGCCUCGGUGCUGCUGCUGCUGCACGGAACCGUCCUACUCGAUCCACUUUUCCACCGUGUGCCUUGGAGUCCAGGGAACCCUCCGUGUAAGGAGAGAGGGCUGGCGAAGCUUCCGUUGCCACUUCUGCUUUGGCCUGGAUUCGUAGGCUCUCCAGUCAGGGGGAUUUUAAUCCCGGGAAGCGCAGCCAGAGGAAGCUGUGGGGCUGUCUGGCGGCCAGGCGCAUCUCAUCAAACCUCUUGGCUUGUGUCAGCGCUGUGCAGCCAGAGCUCUGUGCGUGUUGGAAGGGCUGGACGGACGUGUGAAAAAGCCUCCUUGGAGCCUAACAGGCCGCGUCCCGGGCUGCUGUCAGGAACUCCUAACCCCUUUGCAGGGAGCUGUGGGGCAGAGGCUGGGCUUGAGGGGUGGGUACUUCUGGGGGUAUAGGCCUGUAACGCUGCCUCUGACUAGGGGAAGCGGGGUGCGUGGUUAAG